UUGGAAAGCAGGCAGAUUUCUUUAAGGCAGAUCUGUUGUGUAGCUUCUUUUAGACAGAUGGGCUGUUAGAUGGCCCUAAUCAGAUGGAGAUAGGGAGAAGGUAGCUGUCGGCUGCCACUUAUCAGUGUUUGCCCUGAAGACAUAGGCAGUGGCUCCAGGCUAUUGGCGGAAUGUUGAAAGUACUUUGGAGUUAAAGACUUGGGUUUGCAGUCUCUUCUUCAUCCUGUACCACUCACUACCUGGGAAGAAAAGCUCGGACAGGUGCAGAACAAAGGGAUUGCUGUUCUCUUUCCAUAUAAGAGCUGGAGACGUGAGAUUUUCUCCAAGGGCAACACCAUGUUUUGUCAUUCCUGAAAGUGGAUGAACCUCAUCUAUUUGCCCUGACUUGUUAAGAUUGGCCCCGAGAAGGAUAGAGGAGGCUGAAGACAGGCUAAUGGACUCCAUCGACGGGCUGCAGUGUCUGACCAUGACUGCUGAAAAUCCAACUUCCGGAGACCUGACUCCUGUCCCCAUUGUCACGUGCAAGCUCUGCCUGUGUGAACAGCCUCUGGACAAGGUGACCAUGCUCCAGGAAUGCCAGUGCAUCUACUGCACAUCGUGCCUGAAACAGUAUAUGAUGCUGUCCAUCCGAGAAGGAUGUGGGUCUCCCAUCACUUGUCCUGACAUGGUGUGCCUAAACCACGGGACCCUGCAGGAAACCGAGAUCGCCUGUUUGGUGCCUGUGUCCGAGUACCAGCUGUAUCAGCGGUUAAAGUUUGAACGAGAGGUUCACAUGGACCCCCUCCGAACAUGGUGUCCUGUUGCAGACUGCCAGACAGUGUGCCAUAUUGCAGCAGGAGACCCAGGGAAGCCUGUGAUGGUGGAAUGCCCUUCUUGCCACCUGAAAUUCUGCUCAUGUUGCAAGGAUCCCUGGCAUGGGGAGGCUUCCUGUAGAGAGCAGCCAAUUGUGCCAGAGCAUGGGGCCCUCUUUGGGACGGAUGCAGACGCCCCCAUUAAGCAGUGCCCGGUUUGCCGGAUUUACAUCGAGCGCAACGAGGGCUGCGCUCAGAUGAUGUGCAAGAACUGCAAACACACCUUCUGUUGGUACUGCUUGCAGAACCUGGACAAUGACAUAUUCCUUAGGCAUUAUGACAAAGGACCAUGCAGGAAUAAGCUUGGCCACUCGAGAGCAUCGGUAAUGUGGAACCGAACACAGGUGGUAGGGAUACUUGUGGGAUUAGGAGUCAUUGCCCUGGUGACUUCACCCCUCCUCCUCCUGGCCUCUCCAUGUAUAAUCUGCUGUGUCUGCAAGUCCUGCCGAGGCAAGAAGAAAAAGCACGAUCCAUCCACAACUUAAAGUUACCUGCACAGGCAUCUGGGUUUCACGAGACAGUGCAGCGAUAAAGCCCCACUUAGCGACCUUGCCUCCUUCUCCUUGCCAAACUUUGGAAGUGCCUCUGUGUCCAGACUCUGAACUUGCCUGAUAGCAUUCAGUGUGGGAAAAGGCCAAGUCCUGGGUGCGAGUGUUCCUGUGUAUCGAGAAGCAGCUCGCAACCCAGGCUGUGUCUGUGGAGCACUCUAGGAGCUUUGCUGUUGCCCGGGAGACUCUUAACACAUCGCCAUCUUGCCAUCCAAAGGAUCCCACCAGGCUUCUCAUCUUCCAUUCAAACCUAAUGAGCCUGGGUGAACAUUCAGUGUACUAAUGGCAUUGCCGUGCUUGGCGGCUUUGCAAACUGAGCAGAAGUCUGUGUUGAUUCCACUGCCACGGGACACAUGGCAGAAACCCAGAGUCAGAGGGGAAGGAGAAGACUGCAUAAUAAUUAAUUCUGUGCGCAAUAGAACUGGCCACUUAUCUCAGGAGUCGAUGCCCUGACUGGCAUGCCUGUGCCGGCUACUGUGAGCACAUCUUCAGUGUUCCCACAGUGACUUGGCAGAAACAUAAUCGCUCUCUCCCUGUGUGAUCUCAUCUUCAGGCAGGAGAAACUGCUCUUCAGAGGGAGUUGUCCCUUCCCAGGAAAAGGUUGUAACAUGUACAACAACAUGGCCUAAUUUAGUGUCUGUUGUUUGGCAGAUACUAUUCUUCUUAGGUAACAGUUCACCGCUCACAGCCUGCAGCUGUGGCCUAUAAAAGUGUUUUAUAUGGGCUGUGAGUGGGGAAGCUUCAAAGCCUUUGUUGUAGGCAGCAGGGUCCUUUCUUGGGCUCUGUGGUCAUAUUCCCAACAGAUUAGGAGUUGGACCAGAAAGUGCACAUCAGCAGUACACAUUAUAGUCCAUCCUUCGAAUCAUCGAGCUAUUGAUCCAUCCAUCCAUAUAGAAUCCAUGUGACUCCCCUAAGCAUGCAUGGAGGUGUCCAACAGAUGACACAAAGUAAGAUUAGCUAAAAUACCUUGUUCCUUUCUAUGACUAAAUGAUUUAUCUGUCUGCAUAAACGGUUUUUUUUUUUUUUUGCUUAGUACACAUGUGAAUUUUUACUGUUAAGUUCAUAACUUACCCAGGAGGGUAGACUUAAAAACAAAUCUUUUAAAACAAUGCCUAGUGCAAUUUUAUGUUGUCUGUAAAGUGAUAAUCAGGUUAUUUACAUACUUUCAGACACGAUUUAGAGCAGCUCUUUGCUCAGCCUAAUUUAGUAUCGUUCUCCUGGGAGCUGUUCAGACAAUCUGAGUGCUUUCUGUGUCCUCAAGAAACUGAUAAAACGACAAGAAGAAAUCAAGUGGAAGUAUGUCAUGUGUCUUCAGUAGUUUGGAUCUGUGUCAUCUCAGUGUGACUCAUCCUGACCAUCAUACCAUCAGUCACAAGUAGAUUUUGAAAAGACGAACAUGUUUUCUCCAGGGAGAGGAUUAUACAGUUGCCAUUAGCAAUGCAGCCCGGUGCUUCUUAAGACCAGUGUGCGUUCCGUGUUAACGGAGACUUCUGAAGGCAGGGAGAUUAUUCAGGGCCUAUUCCUUUUUCCACGGUAACGUGGUUACUAGAUUGUUAAACUGCUGCUAUCCUGGAUCUAUUAUCAAAGAUUGAUGCCUUGCCUCUGCAGUGGAAUGUAUCCUAAGUGGGGAUGUAUAUAUUCAAGGACCUUUAAUUCACACACAUGUAUUAAUAUCUAAUAUAUGUAUAGUACAUUCAUUGGCUGUCUACUUUUUUAUUCACCAGUUUGUGUAAAACAUAGAACUCGGGAAAACUUCUGAAUGGCAAGCAGCCCAAAUCAUUUUAAUCAUUUAUUAUUAUAUGUCUUCAUAUAAAUUGACUGUUUUCCAUUGAAUGUCUAAGCCCUUCAGAAAGAACAAACAACAACAACAACAACAACAACAAAAAACCCCUCUCUUCUGAAAGGAUAUUUCAUAUUAGUCCAAACAUAAAUGUACAUCUCUCUGAGUGGUUAGCUUGCACAGACAUAGUCAGCUGCCUCCCCUGAGGUGACGGGCUUUUGUUAUAGCUCAGGGGAUUACAGGAACUCAACUGCCUGAAAUUGGAUUUUUGUAGCAAGAAUGUCAGCAGCGACAACACUAGCCACCAUUAGCAAAUUCUCCGAGCUUGCUCUGUUCUAACUGGGGCAGAUUUCAUGUAACCUGAAAUGCUGUUAUCUCAGAAAUAAGAGCUGGUGGAUUUGGAGGGAAGGUGGAAAAGAAUAUCUGUGCUAUUUCCCUGGCAAAAUUGAGGGAAAUUGCCUUCCAGAGAUUUUUUUAUAAAAGCACUAGUUUUGAUUUUAUUUUUGUUUUAUUUUUUUUGGCUGGGAGGGCGGUUGUUUGUCAAACUGGUUUUACCUCGCUGGAUAUUUUUUUCACUGGUGCCAAGUGCCUGAAUAUGGUGUCUUCUUCCUUAUGUGACAAAACGUGUGUGAGAGUGUGUCUGAGUCUACUCAAGAAUUUGGUAGCUAGAACCCAAGUGUGUGUAUCUGUGACUCAUCCCUGGGCACAAGGCCGGCCUAACUCUUUUGUUUCCAAAGAAACAAGGUGGUAACUGUAAUCGGGGAGGCUGGUUUUUCACUUUGAGUGGUUGGCCUCUGGAGAGUUAACUUCCUUUGCCCUCAGCUUCCACCUCAUUUUGGAAGAUUCUUACAAAAAGUGUUUGGCUGUGGCAAAAGUUUUCUAGUCCAUUUGAAAUAGAUUUAGAAGCCCACUAGGUCUGCACUUUCCAGAAAUCUUGCCGGACACAAUGGUGUGUCAUCCAGACCCCGCCACCUCUGGGGGUUCCCCUGUUGAAGUACAUUAGAGAAGAGGGAGGCCGCGCGGAAGCAGGUGUCAGAGUCUUCGCCAUCCUGUUUGUUCAUGCCAUGGGUAUUUGCUCUGGAUUUGAAAUCUGUACUUUGAAAGUGGCCUUGGGAAAGCAAAUAAUUGUGUGUGAAUUUUCUUGUCGUUUGCAUCACAAAAUAAUUCUCUUUAUUCAAGUGGAAAAAUUCUCAUUGAUUUUUUUGGAUGUACAAAACUGUUUCUUGGAAGCCAAAUUUCCUCUUGAAAAUUACUCAGUAACCAAGUAUAUGUUGCGUUCUCCUCCUGUGCCCAGAGCUCCUGCAGAACACAUCUCUCUGUCCCUGAGUAGAUGCCUUUUAGUAUGUGAAACUGUGUACACAUGUGUGGCUGUGAGAACCAGUUCAGAAAUGCCUUAGAUGAAUGACAUUGUGUAAAGCUAUCUCAAUUGAUAUCUACAGGCUAUCACAUCUCAUGUUGUUGGUUCAUGAUCCAGGAAGUUUUGUCAUGUGGUUACUUAAAUUGCUGUUGGAGUAUAUAUAUUUUUUCAAUUCUUUGGGAAGAAAAUUGUUUUAAUCUCUUUCGCCCCAAUAAAUGUGAGCAGGAAACCAAGCGCGUUAGGCUUUGUUCUACACAAUGCUCAGUUUUAUUCUCUAAGAACCACCUAAAUCACUAUGAAAUCCCAGACUCAGAAUUUACAAAAACAACCAAAAUUUAUGUCUAGGUAAUGGUUCUUGGUAUUGCGUUUCUUGAAGAAACAGGAGAAGUGCAAUGCUGUCACUCAACGCAGACUUCAUCAUGCUGUGUGGAGAAGUUCACAUCAGCAGCACCCAGGUCGUCACCACCCAGAGAAGCCGUCAGUAAUGACACAUCUUUAGCCAUUCGAAACAACCACACCACACAGUCACUGCUUUGUGUCAAAGUAGAGUUCAGUAAAAAUGACAAUUAGACUAAAUUCCAAGAGCAGUUCUAACCUUCCUAAAACCUCUUAGAAGGAUGGGUUCCCUUGUUAUGAAUUUAAAGAAAGGAAUUGUAUGAGGGUACUAGCUUAUGGUUAUUUCCAUUUGAUUAGUAUUCGGGGCAGGAUUUCCCUAAGGUUGAGAGCCAAAAGCUGGUUGUAGAGACACAGUGAGGCCUUGUGUCUCUACAGGGCUGAAGACUCAUUUUCUUGAACUGGUGUUGCCUGUUUGCUAAAUGUUAUAUUCCCCUUGCAGUAAUACCCUAACAUUUGCAAUCAACUGACUAUUUAAAAAAAAUUCACUUUGUAAUAAUUCAGUUUGUGGGGAAAAGCAGUAAGAUCAUGUAAAACAUUUGGGGUUAUAGUUUUUUAAUUUUCUUAAUCAUCUCCUAGAAUGCCAACAUUAUUGAAUUUCCAAAGUAUGCCUGCUAUUUUCUAAGCUUCAAUUUGCAUUCCCAAAGAAAUAUUGAAUGAACUGUUUCAUAAAGCACUGAGUUUAAUCAGUGCCCUAGCCAGCAAACUUGUUGCAAUGUAAAUUAUGCAUCUAGUGAAUCUGGAGAAGAACUAUGAUUAGGUUUUUCUGCAAUUCACUUGUUAGAUAAUAAAUAUAUUUUAUCUUUAGGCCCCAAAGAUCAUGUCCAACUCUAGAUUAUGAGAGAGAAAUGUGUUUCUUAUAAUUAUUAUAGCUUUAAGGAAUUAUAAUUUUUUAUAUUUUUACAUAAAUUAUUUAAAGAACUUGGGGAAUCUUCCCACGAGAUGAUCCAUAUCCAUUUCUCAGAGAAAGCAAUGGGCUAGUGUUCUUGUCAACCCAAGGGUCAGAUAUUGAAUGGCAACCAGAAAAAGAGUACAAGCCUUCCUGAAAGGAUUACAGUGCCCUUUCCAUACCUGAUCACACACACACACACACACACACGAAGUUAUCAUAGUCAAAGUUUCCUUGUGUAACAACAUUCCCAGAGUAGGUGGUACCCAUGAGAUCAAGCCAAUCCUCUAUUCCAUGAUCCCUGCGGCUAACCUGGAAGAGGACAGGAGAUGGAGGGUGAUUUGCUAGAGAAAUAACAAGGUCAUGUGCAUCUGGCUUGCUAAUGUCAGAACACAACACUCACCAAGGCCACAUACUUCAAACGCAGCAGAGUGCUUGCUUCUUUCCUAAAAAUACAUUUCUAUAGUUCCCUUUUCAUGUUUAUAUGCCAGACUCAGAGAUAUAGUUAACUCAGAUCCAAAUCCUCUCCUGGAAGCAUUACUAACUUGUGCCUCAAUGAUUUAUGUGUGGCUUUGAACCAGCUGACAGUGUCAGAUACUAGAAAUGAGGUUCUAAUGAAUGUACAGAAUGAUUUUCUGAUGUAUAUGAAAUUGUACUUUACAUUCCAUUUUCUGCCUUUGUAGUUUCAAUUUUAACAGUGUUAUAUUGAUUCUCAUUUUUGCUUUUGUUCCUCAAGCAAUAACCAGUUUUGUUGCAAUAGGAUCCUGCACAUUGUUUAUUAAUUCUGGUACCUUCAUGUAUACCCAAUAUUAACAUAUACAGCCAUGAACUGGAGAAGCAAGAACUAUUCCUCAUCCCUCUGCAUAGAGCAGCUUGUUGCUCCUGAGCCAGUGACAUCACUGAGGUCUGUGGGCAGUUGCUUUUCAGCAUUCAUACUGAGUGUAAGUUAGACUGGCUUAAAUUCAAACACAUCCUGUUAAUAAAGAAAUUUCUUACCCCUAAA